UCUGAUUGUGAUGAUCGCGACAUAGCGACGCACGAGGGCCGUGGGCGAAGGCGCGGGGUGAACGAUGCGCGCGACCGCCAUCAGCCGCACGCUAGCCCAGUGUACAAUCUAUGCGCCAGUCGAAUACUCGCGUCAGUCGAUGAGGGCGUCAGUUCGUUGUCUCGAUCUUAUCGCGUUUUUUGUACGUUGCCGCAUUUGAAUUAAGCGAAUUUAAUUUUUGGGUCUUCAUUAAGUUAAUGAGAAAAAUAUUAAAUUUUCGUUGAGCAUCAUAGUCACGCUCUAUCGUGGCGAAGCUUUUUAAAGUCGUGGAAAACAAUUUUUGAGGGAAAGUGAUUUUUUGUUGUGCGAAGCGUCGAGGAGUCGGUAUCAGGCGGGCGCGCGGCUCCUAGUGUCGUGUUGGUGGAUGGUGCGGCGAGGGCGGGCGCCGGGGCGCGGCCGGCGGCGCCGCUAGCGAAAUGUCGAUACCCCUGGGCCGGGAGACUGUGCUCCCCACACAGUGUAUGGCGCGUGCUUUGUAUGAUAACAUUGCGGAGUCUCCGGACGAGCUAGCUUUUCGAAGAGGCGACCUGCUCACCGUGCUGGAGCAGAACACCGGUGGCAGCGAGGGCUGGUGGCUGUGCUCGCUUAGAGGAAGACAGGGAAUAUGUCCGGGCAAUCGGCUGCGGAUAGUGGCGGGCGUGUUCGACUCCAGUGGAGCGACGCAGAGGCGGCGAACGAGGCCGCCUGCGCCCGUAGCCCACCAGCCACUUCCCACACAACAAUCUCCCGCGUUUACCAAAAUAGAGGAAUGUUCACACUAUGACGUGCCCCGAGCGCCGAUGCCCGUGCAACGCAUCGCGACGUACGAUUGCCCGCGACCUCUCGGCGACUGGUACGACGCGCCUCGCGCCCCGCGCCCCGCCAGUGCGGACUCCGCUUGCAGUGGGACCGGAUCCUUAGCUUCGGCCACAUCGAGUGCGUCCGCGAAUUCUGCCAACUCUGGAAGCUCGGCGCACUCCGCUUCGAGCACUUACGAUGUUCCUCGGACACGUGCUCUUCCUUUGCCUUGUGACGCCGCAUUGGAAGCAUUAGAACGAUUGCAGGACGAGGCGUCCGCGGCGGUAUCGCGGCUGCUGUCGUACGUGGCGCCGGGUUGGCGGCGGCGCGGGGCGCUGCGGCCGCGCGUGCUGGACGUGCGCGUGGCGGCCGCACGCCUCCGCGCCGCGCUGCACGACCUGGCAGUCUUCGCUGACGCUACACUAGCCAAUGCACACGAUGCACAUGAUAAAGGCAUAGCGGUCAAACUCCGGCCGCUGGUGAAGGCUUUGAAAGAUGCCGAGCGCAUCACUCACGAGGCGACGAGCGCGCUGGACGCGGGCGACUGGGCGGCCGAGCGGCUGGAGCGCGACCGCGAGCCCACCGACGGGACGCUCGACGCGCUCGACCAGCUCGUCGCGUGCGCUCGCUCGCUCACCGAGGACGUGAGGCGAGCCGCUUCCUUCAUCAACGGGAACGCGUCGUUAUUGUUCAGGCGUUCCCCGGCAGUACCGGAACAUGAAUGGACUGAGGAGUACGAUUACGUGAGGCUGGAGUCCCGGACAGCGGUCGGCCGCAAGCACGCUGAGAUACGAGCAGCACUGCCGGACAAACUCCAGGCCUCCUUCGAUGCGCUCGUUAGAGACGCCGAUCACGCUGGAGAGGUGAGUGCCGUAGCUGCGGCCACAAGGCUACCGCAUGACGACCGCCAGCUAGCCGCAUUCUACGCGGCACAAGUGGCCACGUACGGAGCACACCUCUCCACGGCCGUGGAAGCAUUCCUACGGACCAUUGACAUGGGUCAGCCGCCCGACGUUUUCUUGGCACACGGCAAGUUCGUCGUCCUCAGCGCUCACAGAAUUGUACACGUCGGCGACACAGUACAUAGGAGCGCCCAGCACGCCGCCUUAAAAGCGAAAGCUCUGCGGUGUUCGGAUGCGUUGUCGGACGCGCUGGCCGCGACCGUCGCCAAGACCAAGGCGGCGGCGCAGCAGUUCCCGUGCGCGAGCGCGGUCGCCGAGAUGGCGGAGGCGGCGCGCACGCUGGCGGCUCGCGCGCACGACCUGCGCCGCGUGCUGGUGCGCGCCGCCGACCCGCCCCCCGACNCACCGUGCGCUCGCGCUUGAACUGCCUCCCGAUGCCCAGUUGAAUGGAGCACCUCGAGCUUGUCCCCUCUGUCGGACGAACGUUAGAAACGCUAGUUAUUUCUUCCAUGCGAGAGUCGCGGCGUCGAACGCCUGAAUUUAACGAUGUAACCAAAGAGUUUACGAAACAGGACUUCCGAUUUGAACGUAGACUGCAUUAUGAAGUUGUUAUACUGAGAGUUUCUAUUUAAUUAGAAUUAAGCGCGACGAAACGAAGGCUGCUCCCGAUGAGUUUUGCUAGACGGUAUCAGACGAGUGGAGCAUAUUUAGUGUUGCUGCUGGAUGCUCAUCUUGCCGUUGUGACUUGAGUUGUCCGUCCAGUUUUGUACGAUUUUGCAUUUUUUGCGUGUUACAAUAAAUAUCAUUGCCGAUGAUCCUAAUGCGUGUGAAUUGUUGUGAGACUUUCGUAAAAAAUAUUUUAUAAUAUUCCGAAUGUCGAUUGAGUUGGACGCUUCCAAUGCUCUCCCAAAACGAUUUUUUUUGUAUUACUGAAAAUAAAUCAUAGGCGUUUCUCAUUGGAGCCUAACACAAUUAUUAUCUGUAUUAAAAAAAAAACUUCUCAGCCUUCAUUCGUUUACACAGUUAAUGUGCAAAAUUAUUGUUAGUUACUUAUGCAUUAGGUAAAAGUACAUUACUACCGUAUACUACGAGUUAACAUACAAAAGUCAUGCUGAUUAUUUGCAGCGAAAGGCAUUGUGAGAUAGACAAUACAUUUCUUUGAAGUUCCUUGAGAAAAUUAGCUUUUAGAGAAACCUUUUUCAGUUCGAACGAGUACGUUCGUUGAUUAAUACGAAAUUAAAAAGUAACAAAUUUUUAAAGCUGGCAACAUCGAAGAUCAAAAUGAAUUAACCAGGACGAAUAAAGCCUCAAUGAAAAGAAAAGUGCUCAAUUAUUAAGAUUCACAUUCAAAUGUGACUUAAAAAUAAUUGCAUAGUUGCAAUAUUCAUGUUACAAUUACAAUGUUUUUUUUAAAUUAUUAUUUAUACGAAGCUGCAAUGUCCCGUAUGGUCUGAAAGUCAUAUAACUUGACAACUUGACUCUUGCCACUAAACGGUUACAGCUAUGUAGUACCUGACGAUAUCACUGUGACGCAUUUAGAUAAAUAAUAUGGUGCUUUUAUGUUUCAAAGACGAAUUUAUACCUAAAAAUCGGCAGCGUUUUGUAUGAAACAUUUAUGAUGAUAAUAAAGUAUUUUAGUUUUAUGUUAAAUUAAGAUUUAAAAUAAACAUUGCAGGCUCUCGGACUGUACGGGGGCAUGAUGGAAACGAUAUCAAUGUAAAAAUCAUGUUGUAUAAAGCAAUAUGUAAUAUAUAUAUACUAUGUAGUCGUAGUGAAUUAGUUAGGUUCUAGAUGAAAUUGUGUACAGUUACAUUUAAAAACGGAUUUUAAUAAUAAUAAUAAUAAUAAUUUAAUCGUCUUGUAAAACGCAAUCAAAUAAAAUAUACAAAUUUUCA